GCGCGGUGUUUGAUGGGAAGGGGCUGCUGGAGCGCUCUGUCACUAGUGGUUGCUGCCUGCUGGGGCGGGGGGGAGGCUGCCAGCGACCGCGGCGGCGGCGGCCGAGCGUCAGCGCCAGCUCUGCCCCUUUCGUGCAGGUAGAGCCGGGCAGAGACGUGAAUUCUGUUACAAAAUUGAUGAAAGGCAUCAGUGUAUCCUGUCUUCACACUUAAAAGAUGGGUGGAUUAUUUUCCCGAUGGAGGGUAAAACCUUCAACAGUAGAAGUUCUGGAAAAUAUAGAUAAGGAAAUCCAAGCAUUAGAAGAAUUUAGAGAGAAAAAUCAAAGAUUACAGAAACUAUGGGUUGGAAGGUUACUCCUCUACUCCUCCCUCCUUUACUUGUUUACUUGCAUAGUGGUUUACUUGUGGUAUCUUCCGGAUGAAUUUACAGCAAGACUCACUAUGACACUCCCAUUCUUUGCAUUUCCUUUGAUCAUAUGGACCAUAAGAACAGUACUUAUUUUCUUCUUUUCCAAGAGAACAGAAAGAAAUAAUGAAGCUUUGGAUGAUUUAAAAUCACAGAAGAAAAAAAUACUUGAGGAAGUCAUGGAAAAAGAAACUUACAAGACUGCUAAAUUAAUUCUUGAAAGGUUUGAUCCAGAAUCAAGGAAGGCAAAGGAGCUUGAGCCACCAUCUUUAGGAACAGCUGCAACAACUUCAAGGCCUGGACAAGAAAUCCGUCAGCGGACUACAGCUCAGAGAAAUCUUUCUCCAUCAACACCAGCAAGUCCGAACCAAGGAUCACCUCUACAAGUUCCAGGAUCUCCCGGUCCACAAAAGGAUACUUCAGCUCCUGGUGGACCACCGGAAAGAGCUGUUGCUCCAGCCUUGCAAUCAAAUGUGCUACCAAGGCGUCUUGGAUCCCCUGCUACUUCAAUGCCUGGAAUGGGUCUUCAUCCUCCUGGUCCACCUUUAGCAAGGCCUAUUCUCCCUCGAGAAAGAGGUGCUCUGGAUAGAGUUGUCGAGUAUUUAGUUGGUGAUGGUCCACAGAACAGGUAUGCCCUUAUAUGUCAACAGUGUUUUUCUCAUAAUGGCAUGGCUUUGAAGGAAGAAUUUGAAUACAUUGCAUUUCGAUGUGCAUAUUGUUUCUUCCUGAAUCCUGCAAGAAAAACUAGACCUCAGGCUCCAAGACUUCCAGAGUUUAGUUUUGAGAAGAGGCAGCUUAUAGAAGGUCAGAGUUCUGUUGCUCCUCUGCAACUGGGAAGUACAAUUUCGCCAGAGAAUCAAUUUACUGAAGAGUCUUUAGAAGAACAAGAGGUACCUAUUAAUUUUACAGAUCAGACAGAUGAAAAAGCAUCAGAUACAGAACAGACAAAUCAAAUAAAUGAAAAAGCAUCUGGUUCAAUGGAACAAGAAGACAGCAUAGCAGGAGAAGCUGAGAAUAAAGAAACUAUAGUUAAUGAAGCCAAAUCUACAAUUUCUAAUGCUGAUUCUGCUGUUGUUGAUGAACCAAAUGGAGAAUCUUUUAUGGAAAUUGAGUAAAUGCUUCCAAGUGCCUUCAACUUGAUCUUUGUAACUUUGUUGGUGUCAGCUAUUGCUUUCCAGGUGGUGUUUUUUUUUUUUUUUCCCUUUUUUUUGAUUGGUUGGUUUCAGUUUUUUAAUAGUCCAUUUGGUAUCUAAACUCUGACUGCCUAGCUAUUUCAGUCUGUCAAAUAUAUGUCUGCUAGGUACUUAAAGUUGAAAGGGUAUGCUAUCAGUGCAAUAAAACCCUAUAGGGUAUACAAAGAUUAGCAUUAUGACAGCUUCUUCUAAAUAUAUUUUGGCCACUUUCAGCAAAUGUGAUAGCAAGUGUGUUUUCUCAUAUAUGUAACCUGUAAAUAAUAUCCAUUUUGUCAGAGGAAGAACUUUAAUUAGGAAGAACUGUUACAGCAUUUGGUUUAAAGAAUGAAAAUCUUUUGGGAUUUUUAAUGCUUUAAUGUUAAAAAAUGGAUAAAAUCUUUAAACUGUAGAUAUUUGCCAGAAAAAGUGUAUAUUUAGGCAUUCAUCUUUAAGCCAUUUAAACUUAUUCUAUAACUGUAACUAUAGACAUUGUUGCAUAAAUAUUUUUAAUAAGAAUACAGUUGAAUAGUCAAGUGCAGUAUUUCUUUUGAUAUCACUUACUUUGCAGAUGGGCCAAAGGCACGUGUGUAUGUAUCUAGCUAGUGUUUACAUAAAGACAAAAUAGGAAAUUUCUCUACAUUUGAUUGUACUUGAAUGCUGACCAUUAUUUAUACUUGUAUAAUAAUGAUGUAAGUGAAUUUUUAUGCCUUCGUGUGUGUAUUUUGUUAAGGAAAAUAAAGAUUUAUGUAGCAGCAUUUUUUAAAUUUUAAUUUUUGUUAAACAUGGAGAUUUUUUGAAACAACCUUUUGACAUGUGUUUUUGUCAACUAUACAAUUUCAUAAUGUGAAGAACUCUGAGUUGAUAAGUCUUCAAGCUAUCUUUUUUUUUUUUUUUUUUUAAGAGAGUAUUUGUGUUUAAAUUUAGUUGCUUUUAAAUUUUGGAAGAAAUAAAAUGAAACACAUAUUUAUUUCAUCAUCUCCUAAACACUUUAAAUCUAGAAUAGGCAGAGUUCACCUAGCAUGGUUAAUUGGUUCCACAGUAACACAUAGGCAAAAUGACAUCACAAGGCCAGUUAUAGGAAUAGAAACAAACAGAAUUGAAAGCAGGAGCUACCCAGGUAGUGAACCAGAACUACUUAGAUAAAAAUUUUUUUAAUAUGGUUUGCUUGUAAUGUUAUGAUAACUUGUAACGUACUAAUUUAUUUGGAAGCAUUAGCAAAGAGUGAAUCUUUAUGCCUGUAAAUCAGAAGUCACAUUUUUAAGGCAUUAAAAAACACUUCUGUGCCACUUGGAGCUCUGCGCUUUGGUAAGAAAGUUUAUUAUUGUGAUAAUAGGUGGUUAUUUGCUAGGAUCUGUAUCACAGUUUCCUACAAUGAUACCAAGGAAUAAAUAGGGAAAAGUGGGUAUAAAUGAUUCCUUAAGAUUGAAACAUGGAAAUAGUUUCAUGGUCUUGGGUAGAGUUUUUACUCUAAGAUUAAAGUUAUUGUUAUUUCUUAUUUCUUACUUCUUUGUAGGUCUUAAAAAAUACUAGAUUCUUUUGGUGCCAGCUGAUUAUCAAAAACAAGCUGAAAUGAAGCUGUUAUACAAAAUUGAAUGUAUUCAGUAUAUAACAGCUGUUUCUUAAAUUGUACACAUAUGCUUCAUUAAAAAUCGAAUGAAACAUUA